UUCAGUCCGCCUUUCUGACUUCACACGUUUUGUUGCUCCCCUUCACCCGGCUCACCCCCGCUGCAGUUCCGGGCCGUGCAUGAACCACUCGGUGUGAUAAUACCCCGCGUGCAAAGCAGCUGACUCGGCUUUUCUGCCCCAGCUCCCAACUUUUUCAAAGUCAAGGGCCGGAUCGACUUCGACAUGGCGACCAUAAGCAGUGACAAGGAGAAAGGGUCCAGCGAUGCCAACCGCAGCCACGACGAGGUCGCGGGUGACAUGCCCAAUGACCCGGACGCCCAUCUGUCGGCGGAGGAGAAAGCGGCGGUGGAACGGCGGUUGAUCUGGAAGCUGGACUGGAUCCUCAUGCCGUGGCUCUGCUUCCUCUAUCUCCUGGCCUUCCUUGACCGGACGAACAUCGGGAACGCAAAGAUCGCCGGACUGUCAAAGGAACUCGGUCUCAGCACGUCCUCCUACAAUGCGACCCUCACCAUCUUCUUCGUGUCGUAUUCCAUCUUUGAGCCGCUCUCCAACAUCUUGCUCAAGCGGCUCCGCCCUUCCAUUUUUCUCCCGAUUAUCAUGAUCCUGUGGGGCGCUAGCAUGCUGGGCAUGGGCUUCGUGCACAACUGGUCCGGCCUGAUGGCCGCGCGGUGGUUCCUCGGCAUGGCCGAAGCGGGCCUCUUCCCGGGCGUCAACUACUACCUCUCCUGCUGGUACAAGCGGUCCGAGUUCGGCCUCCGCGCCGCCAUCUUCUUCUCGGCCGCCGCCGUCUCGGGCUCCUUCGGCGGGCUCCUGGCGGCCGCCAUCGAGAACAUGGACGGCCUGCGCGGCAUCUCCGGGUGGGCGUGGAUCUUCAUCAUCGAGGGCCUGCUCACCAUCGUCGUCGGCAUCGCGUCCUUCUGGAUGGUGCACGACUUCCCGGACGAGGCCAAGUUCCUAUCGGAGGACGACCGCGCGCGCGUCAUCCGCCGGCUCAAGCUCGACAAGCAGGCCUCGGCCACGCACGAGGCCUUCCACAUGAACUACUUCUGGCAGGCCGUGCGCGACUGGAAGAUGUGGUGCGGCAUGGUCAUCUACAUGGGCUGCGACAUGCCGCUGUACGCCUUCUCGCUCUUCCUGCCCACCAUCAUCUCCAACCUGGGCUGGAACACGAGCGUGGUGCGGUCCCAGCUCAUGUCGGUGCCGCCGUACGCCGCCGCCGCCGUGCUGACGGUCACGAUCGGCUUCGUCGCCGACCGCACGCGCGCCCGCGGGCUGUGCAACAUCCUGGUCUCCGUGCUCGGCGUCGCCGGCUUCGCCAUGCUGCUGGCGACCGACGACGCGGCGGUGCAGUACGCCGGCACGUUCCUGGCCGCGCUCGGCAUCUACCCCUGCAUCUCCAACACGAUCAGCUGGGUGGCCAACAACGUCGAGGGCGUCUACAAGCGCGGCGUCGUCCUCGGCUUCGUCAUUGGCUGGGGCAACCUCAACGGCAUCGUCAGCAGCAACGUCUACUUCAACAGCCCCCGCUUCCCCGAGGGCCACGGCGUCAUGAUCGGCUACCUGGCCGCCUGCCUCUUCGGCGGCUCCGUCCUCAUGACGGUGCUGCUGCGGCGCGAGAACGCGAAGCGCAAGCGGGGCGAGCGCGAUCACUGGGUGCAGGGCCUGAGCAAGGAGGAGGUGGAGAAGCUGGGGGACCAGAGGCCCGACUUUGUGUAUACAGUUUGAGGUUGUGAGCUUGGGCGUGGUCCCUGCGUAUCAUUCACGGGAGCCAGCGGAGGAAGGUUGAUGGGCUCAUGCGACGCGCUCAGGGGCAUCGUCGCUGCACGGCUAUGACGGUGCCCUUCAGGCUCUGGAUUUGGGCCGGAGUAGGGCGGGGCCAGGCUUCGCUUUUCUCACUGGGGCAUGGCAUCUUGAUCGGGACGGCCUUUCUUGUGCUAUAUUACGGUGGCCUGAAGGCCGUAGCGGCUGUUUGGUGGGAAAAGCAAUCAUCCUUUAUGAACUGCCCGUAAUCUCCGUCCGUGCCGUACAGUCUUGCACUCGCCAGGUGUUUGUUUCACCUUGUCUUCAACUGGACCAACAUCGUAUGGUCUUG